UACUCCCUCUCUCCCCACAUUUUUAACUAUAUGAAUACUCAAAACGUCUACCAUAUUAACCAUCACUUCAAACACUUUCCUUUCUAGUUGUUGUCCCAUGGCUACUACUACUAAUGAAACAGAGGAACAUUUGUCCUUAAAACUUAUUGUGAACGAAGAGAGUAACAAGGUCUUGUUUGCAGAAGCAGGAAAAGACUUUGUGGAUGUUCUAUUUAGCUUCUUAACAUUUCCAUUAGGAACCAUUGCAAGACUUGUUGAGAAAGACUCAAACACGGGUCCUGUUACCGUUGGUUGUCUUAACACACUCUAUCGAAGUGUGAAAGAUCUUGACGAGUCGUAUCUAUGGGAUGAGACAGUCAAACAAAUGCUGCUGCAACCAAGUAACUUUGCGGAAGAUUAUUGCAACACUCUUAAACUCAACAUUGAUGACACUCCCCCCACAAUGUUCUACCAAUGUAGUAACCCCUGUGUGAGGUGCCGAUCUCUUGGUUUGACCACAUCAAGAUAUCCUAAACAAUGUACGUGUGGCAAGAGUUUUUAUUCUACUUCUUCAGUUUUAGCUAAACAUUUUCGCAAAGGAUUUGUCAAUGGUAUUGUUACAUUUGUCAUUACUGAUAAUCUCGCUGUCAUGCCAAACUCAAUGGAUUGUACAAGCUUGGGUAUGCUUCAAGAAUUUGGAAUAUUAAACCCAAGUUCGGCAAAGGAAAUUGUUCUCAAUCUCAAUAAACAAAAGGUACUUGAACUACUAAAGUGUUUUUUGAUUUCGAAGUCAACUUUGACUGAUUUAUUUUUAGAAAAGAAACCAUCACCCGGGAUAUCAAGUUUAUUUCCGCUUGCUGAAUUUAGAGGCAAAGGCAAUGUCCAAAUUAUUAUUAAGCUAGUUAUUAAAAAAUCGGAUGGGAAAGUAUUGUAUGCUCAAGGGAAACAAGAUUUUGCAAACUUACUUUUAAGUUUCCUCACUUUUCCUUUGGGCGGUGUUGUAAGUGUACUCGGAACAUAUUCUUGUUUGGGUAGCAUUGAUGUGCUUUACAAGAGUAUAGCUGAUUUAAAUGAAAAUAAUUAUUUUGUAUCAAAAGAGGCUAAAAACAGGCUUAUUCAUCCUUGCAUUUCCCCCAAGUUAAAAUUAAGCAACCAAAUUUUGCCCAUUCUCGACCCAGGUGUUGUUGAAUAUUAUAGUCAUGGUGGUCUUAUUGGUCGUCAUCUUCAAUAUUUCAAAGCUGGUGAAGAUAAGAGUCGUGAAAGUUAUGUGAAGGGGCCGGCUAUGUAUUAUGCUACAGAUGAUUUGGUUGUAGCACCCUUGUCUCCAAUUUCAAAUUUGGGUUUACUUAACCGAUUUAAAAUUCCUCUUAAUGACUUGAAGGAAAAGAUUGUUACCAUUGGCGUCACAGAUUGUCUUAGAAUAUUGAAAGCUUCUUUGACAUCAACAUCUGCUUUAACUAAUGGGCUGGCUCACCUGUUGACUGAUGUUAAAGGGGAAAGAUGAUAUCAGUUGUCGUUUUGUUGUUUUUUGGUUCACCGAGAAAAGGUUGUAAUGAUUAUCCUUACGAAGGUUUACUAUUUCAAUUCUUGUAUUUUUUUAGAACUGUUUAGAAUUUUGAAUGACAUUCGUAUAAUUUUUUAUAGAUGUAUGCUUAGAGAGAGCAUUUAGGUAUAUCAUUUUGUAAAGCUAAUGGUUGAUAGAAAUUUUGAUCCGAUCGGAUCAGCCCAGGUUUGAAAACGUUGUGUACACGACUUUGA